CUCUGUCUUUUUUUUUUUGGGGAAUAUCUCUAGCAGUCUAAGAUGGAGACCGAACUGGAGACGGAAACCGGCUGUCAGAGUUUGAAGCGGAGAAGGAGUUGUGCUAUAGAUGGAUUGAACUCAAUGUCCAGAUUCUGCACUGGAUUUUCUGCGUUUGAGAUUGGAUCCGGAGCGAUUCUUCGAGCAAUUGACCCGUACUUCCAUAACUUGCAUCGUUGUGUCUCCUCCGCCAAGGCUUGCUGCCAGCUUUCAGAAGUACAAAACAAGUACAGAAGCUGUGGUGUCAUAAUUUCAGAGUUCCAGACUUUUGAUUUCAACGGUAUAAAGGCAAGGACAGCAACUGCAGUCCAGACUCCAGAGUUUCAAUUUGAGGACCAUCGGAGACGCUGCUCCGGUAUAUUCAUCAGGACGCUGCCCGGCAUGAGUCAUCGGGACGCUGCCCGGCAUGGUUCAUCGGGACGCUGCCCGGCAUGGUUCAUCGGGACGCUGCCCGGCAUGGUUCAUCGGAGACGCUGCUCCGGCAUGGUCAUUGGAGACGCUGCUCCGGCAUGUUUUUUCCUUUUUCAUGACAUCCUGACAAACCUGUGAACACAAAAGAAAGUGAAGAUCAAGGAAGAGAGGGAGUCUCAACCUUUGUGAUAAAAGCACGCUGUUGAAUUCUUCUUGCUUGCAGCAGGGCCUCCGCUCUCUUCUUCUCUUUUUCUGUGUCCCCUCCGUGUCACUAUUGCUAGCUUUAUAUAGUGGGCUGAUGGAGAGUUUAACGUGGAUGUGGUUGACUUCCACAUGGAAUGAAAUAGCUAGAGUCUCAUUAAUCCAAGGCUCUUGAAGAUGGAUUUUCCUUAUCUUUCAUUGAGACGUUCUCUCCUGCUGCUCCUAUUCUUUCUCUUCUUUUUUUUAAUCAUUAUUUGGUUGGAACUUUAUCUUGUAUAAUAAAGAAAGCUACCAGCAAAUUGUAGCACGGCAUUAUGGAAUUUUGCUCCUUUGGCCUCAUAUGUUCAUUAUUUAUAAGAAUAAUUAUUUUUUU